UCUUUCUUUCUUUCUUUCUUUCUUUUGGGAUUCUUUUAAUUUCCCCUGAAAAACAAAAGCCACUGGUUACAUCCUGGACCUGUUUAAUCUGUUGCGAUGAGCAAGAUGAAUAAUAAGCAUGAUAUCAUGAAGACUCAGGCUUGUGUUCUUAGGGUGAAUAUACACUGUGAUGGCUGCAAGCACAAGGUGAAGAAGAUACUGCUGAAGGUUGAAGGAGUUUAUGGUGUGAAGAUAGAUGCAGACAAUGGGAAAGUGACAGUAACUGGGAAUGCUGACCCAGCAACACUUUUGAAGAAGCUUGAGAAAUCAGGAAAGCAUGCUGAACUAUGGUCUCAAAAGGGGAAUAGUAAUAAUAAUCCAUUCAAGAUGAUGAACAACCAGUUCAUGAAUUUGGAGCUUGGGGAUUUCAAAGGGGGAAAAGACCCGAAAUCGCGGGGCAAAGGCGGGGAUAAUAAGGACCAGCAGAAGGGUGGGGGGCAUAUGAUGCAAAAUCUCAUGAAGGGUGGUGGUGACAUGAUGAUGAUGAGAGGCCCUCCCCCCAACCCCAAGGGCCAAAAGACGGUCAAGUUCGAUUUGCCCGAGGACGAGUUUGGUGAUUGUGAUGAUUUCGAUGAGGACGAGGAUGAGUUUUAUGAUGACGACGAAGGCGAUGAUGAUGAUUCGGCCGGUGACGAGCUUGAAGGUGGUGGCCGCCGCCGCCACCCUCCACCGCCCUCCUCCAAGUCCAAGACAAAAAAUAAAACGGAGGGCGGUGUCAAGGGUGGUGGUGGUGGUGGUGGGAAGGGCGGUGGCGGCGGCGGGUCCCGUGGUUUCAGUGGGAUGAUGAACAUGUUGAAGGGUGGGGUUGGUAAUAAUGGCAAAAGUGGUGGGAAGGCCAAGAAAGGUGAUGGGGUUGAAAUCCCAAUGCAGUUCAAGGGCUUGACUGGUGGUGGGAAUCACAAUGAUGUUGGUGGUAAGAACAUGAUUGGGGGCAAAAAUGGAAAAGGUGGAAAAAACAAUGGUCAAUUUGUUGGUGCUGCAGGACCUCAUGGUAAUAAAAAAGGUGUUAGCCAACACAAUGGGGGUGAUAAUUGGGGUCACAAAGGUGGAGGCCAGCUUAUGAUGAACAAUCCCCAGAAAGGAUUAUUCCAUGAAGGUGGUGGUGGUAGAGGCAUGGGCCAAAUGGGACCCAUGGGCCAUUACCCGAUGGGCAAUCCGGCGGCCGUCCAAGGCCUUCCCGCUCCGCCGGGCCCCAUGAAAGGCGGCGGCGGUUAUUUCCCCGGGAUGAUGGGGCCAGGCGGCGGCGGCGGAAACCCAUACUACCCGCACCCGCAACAACAGCAGUACAUGGCUCAAAUGAUGAUGAACCAGUACCAGCAGCGACCGUACGGGUACGACAUGCCCGGUGGCGGCACGGGCGCCCAUCCGAUGAUGUACACACCACACCCGCACCCGGCGAUGGGCUACGGGCCGCCGAUUCACCCGCCGGCCAACGACAACUUCACCCACAUCUUCAGUGAUGAAAACACUGGUAGCUGUAGUGUAAUGUAAAUCUGUUUUACCAUUUUUACCCUUUCUGAAGACUUGCUGUAAGGAGGUAUAAUUAAUUACCUGCCGUAGUUUGGUGUGGUAAUUUUUGCCUGUGGUAAUUCUCAAAGAUUGUUUUGAAUCUAUAUAGCCUAUUUUAUUGCUUGUGGUGGGCCCCAUAUGUUCACACUCUAGUUUCAGCAGGAAGUGAAAUGCUUUCCUUAGACGAGGUGUGAUUUGAAACAGCAAACAGUGUCGCUGGUGUUUGGGGACAAGAAAAAUCUAAGUGACAAGGGGUAUGGGAUCUUCUGCUUUUGGUAAAGAGUAAGUUCUUAGUUCGAAAGAAGUUUGUUUUAUGUCCUUUUGAGUACCAAAGCUACUCCUACUCCCUCUGUAACUUCUCGAUUGCGGGUUGAGUUA